AUGGGGAUAGCAAGCUUAAUCCUUCGUCUGCAUAUCUUUAUGAUUUUCUUUUCGUUUGAAGUAUCUUCUCAAACUUGCUCAGUUAAAUCCACCCCAAAAGAGAGACCCACCAAAAAGUUCAACAAAUUUGAAAAAUCGUUUCUUAACGGUACCGUUGUUCACGAGUUGCAUGUUAAAGAUGCGAUGGAGUGUGGGUUAUCGUGCUUGCAAGAAGAUCUGUGUGCUUCCUAUAACAUGGCGCGGAAACCAUCGCCAGGGCUUCGCUACAUUUGCGCGUUGCUAUCUAUGCGAAUUGGCAAUCUUGGCGCAGAGCUGGUGAAGAGCGACACCUUUGACCACUUCAGUAAUAAGUUCCACUGCUAUGCUGACAAUGGUCGAAAUGCAUCGGAUUUCUGUGGGGGCACGUGUCGUGACAUUAAACUCAGGCACCCGCCAGCCCCCAGCGGAUAUUACGUCAUCGACCCCUCAGGUGAUCUUGGAGAGCCACCUUUUCCCGUAUUUUGUGACAUGAUGUCACACAACGGUAUUGGCGUGACCGUGGUUGGUCAUGAUAGCGAGGGACGAACCCACGUCAAUGGUUAUAAAGGUGCUGGGUCAUACUCGCGUGACAUCACGUACGACUUCACAAGUGUCACACAGUUAAAAGAAUUGACAACUAGGUCGAGCUACUGCGGACAGUUCAUCAAAUACGAGUGCAAAAACUCAGCUUUGUAUUUUUACCCAUGGAGCACUUGGUGCAAUUGGUGGGUGUCACGUGACGGCCAAAAGAUGACGUCAUGGGGUGGUGCUCCGACUGGCAGCAACAAGUGCGCAUGCGGGAUGACGGGCACGUGCGCCAAUCCCGCCUAUCGAUGCAACUGCUCGAGUAAUGAUGACACAUGGCGAGAAGAUAGUGGCUUACUCACCGAUAAGGACACACUGCCUGUCAUUCAGCUGAGGGCAGGGGAUACUGAUGGAAGUACGGAGGAUGGGUACCUCACUUUAGGCAAGCUAAUGUGUUACUAAACAUAAUAUGUACCGUACACUUGGAGACCUGAUGUGUUACUGAACAUAAUCUGUACUGUACACUACGGUACACUUGCCGAACGGAUGUGUUACUGAACAUAAUCUGCACCGUACAAUUGGAGAACUGAUGUGUUAAUAAACAUAAUUGUCCCAUACACUUUGAGAACAGAUGUGUUACUGAACACAAUCUGUACCGUACGCUACCGUACACUUGGCGAACUGAUGUGUUACUGAACAUAAUCUGUACAGCACACUUGGAGAACUGAUGUGUUACUGAACAUAAUCUGUACCGUACACUUGGCGAACUGAUGUGUUACUGAACAUAAUAUGUAUCGUACACUUGCCGAACUGAUGUGUUAAUGAAUAUUAUCUGCACCGUACACUUGGAAAAAAGAUGUGUUAAUAAACAUAAUUGUACCAUACACUUUGAGAACAGAUGUGUUACUGAACACAAUCUGUACCGUACGCUACCGUACACUUGGCGAACUGAUGUGUUACUGAACAUAAUCUGUAUCGUACACUUGGCGAACUGAUGUGUAUCUGAGCAUAAUCUGUACAGUACACUUGGAGAACUGAUGUGUUACUUAACAUAAUCUGUACUGUACACUUGGCGAACAGAUGUGUUACUGAACACAAUCUGUACCGUACACUUGGCGAACUGAUGUGUUACUGAACAUAAUCUGUAUCGUACACUUAGAGAACUGAUGUGUUACUGAACACAAUCUGUACUGUACACUACGGUACACUUGCCGAACUAAUGUGUCAAUGAACAUAAUCUUCACCGUACACUUGGAAAAAAGAUGUGUUAAUAAACAUAAUUGUACCUUA